AUCUGUUGGUAAGACUACAGGUGAAUAAGAAGCCGGUCCCCUCUCUGGUUGUAGUUGUGAUACAGGUUCAGGGUUCAGUCUCAGGACUUCAGGCAGCUGAUAAAUCUGAAGACUAAAACACCCGAAAACUCCGAGAGAUCCCCGCAGAGUGUGUGAGGGACCGGUGUCUGUGUCGGUGUCACAGUGAGGAUCAGUUUAUUCAGACUGUGAGCAGGAAGAGAAGAAGAUGGGGGAAGUAGACAAGAGCACACUCUGCCUGUUUGACGUGGACGGCACGUUAACGGCCGCGAGACAGCCUGCAACUUCUGAGAUGUCCGAGUUCCUUCAGAGGCUGAGGGCUCGGGUUCGAGUCGGGGUCGUUGGGGGGUCGGACCUCAGGAAGAUCAAAGAGCAGCUGGGAGAUGAUGUGAUCCAGAGAUUGGACUACGUGUUUGCAGAGAACGGACUUGAGGCGUUUAAGGACGGAGAGUUCCUCUCUGUCCAGUCUAUUCAGGCUCACAUGGGAGAAGAGCUGCUGCAGGACUUCAUCAACUUCUGCCUGAACUACAUGGCCAAGAUCAAGCUUCCUAAGAAGAGGGGCACAUUCAUCGAAUUCCGUAACGGCAUGUUGAACGUCUCGCCGAUCGGACGCAGCUGCACACAGGAAGAGAGGAAAGAGUUCUACGAGCUCGACCAGAAAGAGAAGAUCCGAGAGAAGUUCGUGUCGGUGUUGAGGGAGGAGUUCAAAGGAAAAGGCCUGACGUUUUCCAUCGGAGGGCAGAUCAGCUUCGAUGUGUUCCCUGACGGCUGGGAUAAAAGAUUCUGCCUGGGGAUCGUUGAGAAGGACAAUUACUCAACUAUUCACUUCUUUGGAGACAAAACCAAACCUGGAGGAAACGACUAUGAGAUCUACAGCGACCCUCGAACCAUCGGACAUGAGGUCUCCUGUCCCGAGGACACGCGCCUUCUCUGUGACCAACUCUUCUUCUCAUGAGAAACAGAAACUGACGCUCUGUUACUGAAACUUACGCUCUAAGUGAAAGACGACAUGAGGUGAUGAUGAUUUUACUGCUGGAGGGUGGUGUGUGAUGAAGGAGAGGAGGGGAUUCUGUGUAUUUCUGGAUGGGUAGAAAUGUGAUUAACUUUAGUAUGAUUGUGUUAUCAGCUGCAGCUCUGUGUGUCCUCAUGUUUUUAUGAUCUAUCAUUUUUUUGAUUAAGAAAACUAAACUUGGCAUUUUCCACGUCAGCUGAUUCUGAAUCUGCUUCUGACCGAGCCGCCUCGUCUCAUGUGACCCGCCGUGCCUCUAAUGUUAGUCUCACAGACGCACACAGAGGACUCUGUGAGCGAGGGGAUCACAUGUUACUGCCUGAGUAUCAAAACCACUUUAAAUGCAGUUUAACUCACACAAGAGGAACAGUUUUGUCUUUGUCUGCAGAUUUUACAUUUGAUGUUGCACUUUUAUUUUGAAAAGACGUUCUUAAUGACACCCACAGGAUGUGUAUAAGGAGUUACUGUAGCCUCUAGAUUUAAAUCAGACCCGUGCCUUGGACCUGUAUUCUUUCUAACGGCCAGCAGGGGGCGACUAAUCUUCUUGCCAAAAGAGGUCAUGACGAAAACAAUCCUCAGUUUUCAAGAACAAAGUUGUGAUUAGACACGAACAAAUAGGAAAUAGUUCCAUACAUGAUUGAUGAUCAAUGAGGGGUUACCAUAAUAAGUAGAUAAAGAGGAGAAAGCAGUUUAACAUAAAGUGGAGCGUGUUGUUGGGCAGAGUACAACCUACACCCACCCCUUUAAAGGAGCAGAGCUCUGAGCCUGACGUUUAAUUUCAUCGACAGGAAGCUGACGGAUAAGCACCACGAGACAUCGCUCGGCUGUAAUGCUCCUGUGAAGAGGCCGCGUCAGGUUUUGAAGAGAUUGUUAACACACCUAGCUUGUUAGCUGAGCUGCUAACCAGCAAACAAGCAAGCCGGUGCGUUAGACCAGGGCUUCCCAAACUUUACAGCCUGCGACCCCCAAAAUAUUGUGACCAAAGACUUGCGACCCCCACUGUCCCUCAAGGAGGUUUAAUGCGGCUUCAUUUAGCUGGUCUGCAGAAAAUGACCCCACCUAUAUGAGCAUGUGUCUGUGUUUCCUGUGCUGUUAUGAAUCAACCUACUGCUACUGAUGCGUUUGAUAAUGAACUGUUCACUGGGUCCCAACCAUAGACUGUAUAAAAUAUGGACGUAGUAUCCGCGACGUCACCCAUCUGUUUCUGAAGAGCUGUUUUGAGACCAAUCGGCUGCAGCAGCCAUAUUGCUUCUGUCGAGCCAGUGUGACGUAAAGAGGCGGGCUUUGAGCCUCCUAGCCAACAGCUGCAGUGUUCCCACAGGCAGCUGUGCCUCUCACUGGAAGACUAGUAAUCUCAAUAUCUUCGAAAUUGCCGAAUUAGAAAAAAAUUCACCCCCCUCACAGUGAGAGGACAUCGAGAAAUUAGCUAUUCAGACUACACUCAUCUUUUGUACCAGGCUGUAAACAUGUUUAUUAAUGCUGCAAAGAUCGUCUUUUUCCCAUUCAUGUGUAUGUGACUUCCGGUACUUCCGGAGCCAGCCUCAAGUGGAUCCUCAAUGAACUGCAGCUUUUAAUACUUCCGCAUUGACUCAUAUUUUUAGACCAGAGGUUGCCGCUUGGUCUUUGGGAACCCCUGCGUUAGCCGACUGUAUAGUAAAAGUAUCUGAUGGUUUGUGACCUAUUAUCCCUCUCCACCUUCACCCUCCUGUCCAUAUAUGGUCAUUCCUGGCCCCAGAACAAUAAAGCAGUGACCAGUAUAGCAAACAUGAGGUUUGAAGAAAGGCAGCAGCUCAUUUGACUUCCUGACGGUCUGUUUUAUUUUUCACCAUCAUGGAGAAAACUCUGAAAAACAACUCUCACAGCGGGGAAACUGAAGCAGAAGUUGAGAUUCCUGAAGGUGUUUCAGAGAUUUUGGAGAGUGUGAUGUUUUGGAUUCAUGGCACUGAAGACACUUGAAGUAUUAAUCUGUGUGAAGAAUCAGCUGUAAUGAUGAACUGUUUGAAAUAAACAAAGGGAACAAUCCUCGGCCACA